AUGGGGGAUGGAAUGAGCCGCGGGGGCGGGACUGGGGGAGGCUGCUUCCCACCCCAGGCUGCUCCCUACCCGUGGCUGCUCCCCAGCCCAGGCUGCUCCCCGCCCCAGGCUGCUUCCUACCUAGACCCAGCAGCCUCUGCCUCUGGCCUCACCCCUCCAGUAGCUGGGUUAGACCUGCGAGUCCAGGAGCCCGUGGAUUCUGGAACAGCCCCCGCCAGCGCCCUAGAUGGAGGUAUGAUCCGGAGACCUUUCUCAGGGACCCUGCUGCUGCCCCCUCUGUCCAGCCCCCUCACGUCCUCAGGGGAGGCAGAGUCUGAUGCCCAUGUGGUUUUCACCAUCGGAACUCGAGGGAUCGAGAGAAGCCAGGGCCCAACUCAGAGCAGCUUCGACCUGGAAAAUGGGCUCGCGAGCUGCAGAGGCCCCUUGGACCUCCAGCCCCCUGGCCAGCAAGGCCAGCGGCGCGAGUCCUUCCUGUACCGCUCCGACAGUGACCAUGAGCCUUCAUCGAAGGCUGUGUCCCGGAACUCCUCGGUGGCCAGUGAUCUACAUGGAGAAGACAUGAUUGUCACGCCCUUCGCACAGGUUCUGACCAGUCUCAGAACGGUCCGCAACAACGUGGCCACCCUUGCCCAUAACCCAGGCAGCGCCACCAGGCAGCCACUCUUGGGGACCCCUCCGUGUAGCAGCCAGCUGGCCGCCCCCACAGAGGACGCUGGGCUGCAGCUGGCGCAGGAGACGCUGGAGGAGAUGGACUGGUGCCUGGAGCAGUUGGAGACACUGCAGACGCGGCGUUCGGUGGGAGAGAUGGCGUCCAACAAGUUCAAGCGCAUGCUCAACCGCGAGUUGACCCAUCUGUCGGAAACCAGCCGCUCAGGGAACCAGGUGUCGGAGUACAUCUCCCAGACCUUCCUGGACCAGCCGGCGGAGGUGGAGCUUCCCAGGCUGCCCACCGAGGACACGCGGCCCAUGUCCCGGAUCAGUGCCCUGCGCGGGCCCCGCCCCUCCAGCCUCCCCACAACUGCCGUCCCCCGCUUCGGGGUCCAGACCGAUCAGGAGGCGCAGCUGGCUAAGGAACUUGAAGACACCAACAAGUGGGGACUUGAUGUGUUCAAAGUGGCUGAGCUGAGCGGGAACCGGCCGCUCACAGCCGUCAUGUUCAGCGUCUUCCAGGAAAGGGACCUCCUCAAGACGUUCCAGAUUCCGGCGGACACGCUGCUGACGUUCCUGCUCACGCUGGAGGCUCACUACCACGCUGACGUGGCAUACCACAACAGUGUGCAUGCUGCGGACGUGGCCCAGUCUGUGCACGUGUUGCUGGGCACCCCUGCCCUGGAGGCUGUGUUCACAGAUCUGGAAGUCUUGGCGGCUAUCUUUGCAUGCGCUAUCCACGACGUGGACCACCCGGGCGUCUCCAAUCAGUUUCUCAUCAACACCAACUCGGAGCUGGCGCUGAUGUACAAUGACAUGUCGGUGUUGGAGAACCAUCACCUGGCGGUGGGCUUCAAGCUCUUGCAGGCAGAAAACUGCGACAUCUUCCGGAACCUCAGCGCCAAGCAGAGACUGAGUCUGCGCAGGAUGGUCAUAGACAUGGUGCUGGCCACAGACAUGUCUAAACACAUGAGCCUCCUGGCCGAGCUCAAGACCAUGGUGGAGAUGAAGAAAGUGACCAGCCUCGGGGUCCUGCUCCUGGACAACUACUCCGAUCGUAUCCAGGUUCUACAGAGCCUGGUGCACUGCGCCGACCUCAGCAACCCCACCAAACCGCUGCCGCUCUACCGCCAGUGGACUGAUCGCAUCAUGGCCGAGUUUUUCCAGCAGGGUGACCGUGAACGCGAGUUGGGCCUGGACAUCAGCCCCAUGUGUGACAAGCACACUGCCUCUGUGGAGAAGUCCCAGGUGGGAUUCAUUGACUACAUCGCCCAUCCGCUGUGGGAAACAUGGGCUGACCUGGUGCACCCUGAUGCUCAGGAGCUGUUGGAUACUUUGGAAGACAACAGAGAGUGGUAUCAGAGUCGGAUACCAUGCAGCCCCACUCACACCGUGGGCCAAGAGCGCUGUGGUCCUGACAGGUUCCAGUUUGAGCUAACGCUGGAGGAGGCUGAGGAGGAGGAGGAGGAAGGACUGGCUCAGCACUGAGCAUCCAGUCCUCAGAGUCACCCAGCACUUAGCCUCUGUCCUCCAAGACCAGCCCGGAGCACAGGGUAGACCCGACAAGAUUUUGGGCUAGCCUAGCAUGGACCAUGAAGUCACAGUCACGCCCUUUGGGCGCCUAUUGAUACUGGUGACUUCUGAAGUGAUUUCUGCCGUGUCAGCUUCUCUUUUCACCUGUCAAAGUGCACAGCCGAAAUUUACACAUAGACAAAUCUUGGGUUCCAUUUGGAAGCCUGUGGCUGGGGUCCACUCUGACCUCAGGCUUGGCUGGAAUGGGAUUGGCAUCUGGGUGGCGCCUCCUCUUGCCUCUCUGUCCCGCUUCUGUCGGCUUUGGUUGGCUUCGGUCUGCUAGGGCUGGGGCUCUCUGUGGUUUCCGUUUGUUUGUUUAGCUUCUUUUUGACGCUGAAGAUGGAAACCUGGGGUCCCACGUGCUCUGUGAGCAGAGUGGCCCUAGCCCCAACAUCACUAUUUGCGUCCUUUGAUGUCAAUAGGUGUCCGGCCUCCAACCGUCCAAUCACAGACCUUUACUGAUUCUCCCCAGGGAGAAUCCCUUUGUAAAUAGAGACAGGGAGCAGCCCCCACUGAAGUCUAGUGUCUUCUGACGCCAGAGACUGCAAGACUCUUCGUGGAUACUGAGAGGCAGGUGGCCCUCUGAGAAGAACCCGCAGGCCUCCGACUCCCUAUGGUUUGUUCACACAGCCAUUGAUACAGCUGGUAGGGGUCCCCCCUGUAGUAACCUGGGGAUCAAACCAGUGUGGAGGGUCUCAGCAUACUCAACUGUGGGUCCCCAGAGUCAGGAGGAGGAGGGGGAGGGUACUAUGCGAGUACAAGAGAGCUGGGGCGUGGCUCUGGGGUGGAGCCCCUGCCUAGAAUCCUCCAGUGAGGGGCUGGGGGCUUGGCUCUGGCUUAGUACAGCUUUAGCGUGUGGGAAGACCUUAGUUUCAGUUCCAGCACUGUAAACAUAGAAUAGACCUUGUCAGGGAAACUGAGUCACAAGCCACCCCUCAUGCCUUCUCACAGCUUCCGUACACAGAAUGGGCGCUGAACGCGGGCGUCUUCUGGGUACUGUAUGACUACCGUGUAACUGCUUCCCUGUUUACCGUUAUUUUCUGGCUUUUAAGGGCGCCUGCUGCCUGUUCUGACGUCCAGCUCUAUGAGCAGAGGACAACGAAGUGACUUUUUUGCUUCUGCCUCCCAAGUGCUUGGCUGGGGUGACAGGCAUGCGUCACAGGGCCUUCCCCCUUCCCUGUUCCCUCUGGGAAGGUGCCAGGGUGGCAGGGCAGACCAGGGAGCCGGGGGCAGCCCAGGGUGGCAGGCGACUUCCUCUGUAGACAUCAUGCCUCCAGCUCUUUGUCCCCCGGGGGUACAGAAAGCCCUCUGGGGUCACACAUGGAAGGCUUCCUCCUCCAGAUGUUUUAGGGGCUACCCUUAGAGAUUUCCUGUUAAACAAAGUAGUAUGUGUUCUCUGAGGGGGAAUUUGGAAAUCACACAAAAGUAUAAAUAAAAUAAAUUAUUGGGCCAGCAAGAAGGUUCAGCAAGCCAAGACAUUUGCUCCCAAGCCCCACGAUGUGAGCUCAGUCCCCAGGACUCUGUGGUGAAAGAGAGAACCAGCUUCCGCAGGGUGUCCUCUGACCCCCCAGCUUCCGCAGGGUGUCCUCUGACCCCCCAGAUUCCGCAGGGUGUCCUCUGACCCCCCAGCUUCCGCAGGGUUCCUCUGACCCCCCAGAUUCCACAGGGUGUCCUCUGACCCCCCAGAUUCCGCAGGGU